CACACACACACACACUUCUCUCCUCUCCUCUCACUUCCUCGUGCUCUCCCUCUCUUUCCCUCUCAGUCGUCGUUCUGCAUCCGCGCGGACACACACUCCCACUUUGCCGCGUAUUCUCCAGCUCUUCCGAAGCCGCCGUCUCCGUCUCCGUUUCAGCGUGGGGUCAAACUGUGCACAGACAGCCGGAUAAUGAAAGAGAGGCACCAGAGAGGAAAGCAGGGUGAGAGAGGGAAUUAAAAGAGAGAGGAGUGAAAGCAGCGAAAGGAGAGAGUCCGAUUCUCUCUCCACGUAUGCGCGUAAAAGGUGGGAGGACAGUUUGAUCCAGGGAACGUUUGGAUGUAAAGUGGCUGCGUCUCUGCUCCGAAGUGUCCCGCUGAAGGUGAUGAGCUCCAUGAAUCUGUGAGUGGGACCCAGACAGACCCCUCCACCUCCACCUCCACCCGCUCCCCAUUACGACCUCCACAAGUCGAUUCAGCGUGGCUCAGCUCUCGUCACUGGACUUCAACUUGGGGACCUGAACCUCACAGAUCGCCAAUGCUGACAAGGAACUGCCUGCUGCUGUUCCUGUGGAUUCUCGUCAACGCAGGCUCAGUGUUGUCGUCGUUACGUCCACCCGCCGCGCCGCCGGGACGGAGCAGGACGGGGAGGGAGCACGCCAGGAGCUUGGUGGGCCCGAUGAGGAAUGGGGCGGCUGGCUUUCAGCGGGUCAAAAGGGGCUGGGUGUGGAACCAGUUCUUCGUGCUGGAGGAAUACAUGGGGUCAGACCCGCAGUACGUGGGCAAGCUGCACACCGACCUUGAUAGGGGGGACAGCGCGGUGAAGUACACUCUCUCCGGUGAAGGGGCUGGCUCCAUUUUCACAAUUGACCAAACGACGGGGGACAUCCACGCCUUAAGGAGCCUGGACAGGGAGGAGAAGCCUUACUACACCCUGCGCGCCCAGGCCGUCGACGGCAACAACAACAGGCCCCUGGAGCCGGAAUCUGAAUUUGUAAUCAAGGUCCAAGACAUCAACGACAACGAGCCAAAGUUCCUGGAGGGACCGUACACGGCCAGCGUCCCCGAGAUGUCACCAGUAGGGACGUAUGUGACGCAAGUGACAGCCACAGAUGCGGACGACCCGACUUACGGAAACAGUGCCAGGGUGGUGUACAGCAUCCUCCACGGGCAGCCCUACUUCUCCGUCGACCCCAAAACAGGGGUUAUAAAGACAGCCUUGCCCAAUAUGGACAGAGAGGUGAAGGAACAGUACCAGGUGUUAAUCCAGGCCAAGGACAUGGGGGGCCAGCUGGGGGGGCUGGCCGGGACCGCCACCGUCAACAUCACCCUCAGCGACGUCAACGACAACCCGCCCAGGUUCUCCAAAAGUUUCUUUCACCUGAGAGUUCCCGAGUCUUCUGCAGUGGGCUCGGCCGUGGGGAGGAUCAAGGCCCACGACUUGGACAUCGGGAAGAAUGCCGAAGUGGAGUACACCAUUGUGCCAGGCGAUGGAGGAGCCAUGUUCGACAUCACCACCAGCAGCCACAACCAGGAGGGCAUCAUCAUUCUCAAAAGGCCGCUGGACUACGAAACCAAGAAGGCGUACACCUUUAAAGUAGACGCCUCCAACGCUCAUCUGGAUCCGCGGUUCCAGAGCUUCGGGGCCUUCAAAGACACGGCGACGGUGAAGAUUAACGUUCUGGAUGUGGAUGAGCCGCCGGUGUUCAAUAAGCCUUUGUAUGUGAUGGAUGUGUACGAAGACACGCCCGCGGGCACCAUCAUCGGAGCGGUGACGGCGCAGGAUUUGGACGCCAGCAGCAGUCCAGUCAGGUAUUCCAUCGACUGGAAGAGCGACAUGGACAGCUACUUCGACAUCGACCCGGUGGAGGGAACGAUUUCCACCAACGAACUCCUCGACCGGGAGAACAUCGCCCAGCACAAUGUGUCCGUCGUGGCGACCAAACUCAAUAGUCCAGUUCUGACCAGCCGGGUGGCCGUCACCGUCCACGUGUUGGACAUCAACGAGUUCCCGCCGGAGCUCUCCAAUCCCUACGAGACCUUUGUUUGUGAGAAUUCUAAAAUAGGACAGGUGAUUCAAACCUUCGGUGCAAAAGACCAGGACCUACCGACCUCUGGACAACAGUUCUCCUUCAAAUCGCCAAAGGAGGAUUUGAAAAACAACAAGAACUUCACCAUCCGGGAUUUUGGAAAUAACACGGCUGGAAUCGUAACAAGGCGGAGUGGCUUUAGACGGCGUGUACAGGAGAUCUUUCUGCUUCCCGUGGUGAUUGAAGAUAAUGGCUACCCGCCCAAGAGCAGCACAGGCACCCUGACCAUCCGCGUGUGCGGCUGCGAAUCAGACGGCUCCCUGUUAACCUGCAGCGCGGAGGCCAUCUUCCUCCCCGUGGGCCUCAGCACCGGCGCCCUGAUUGCCAUCCUCCUGUGUAUCAUCAUCUUGUUAGUUAUCGUGGUCCUCUACGUGGGCCUGAGGCGUCAGAAGAAAAAGGAAACCCUCAUGUCGUCCAAGGAGGACAUCCGCGACAACGUCAUCCACUACGACGACGAAGGCGGCGGCGAGGAGGACACGCACGCCUUCGACAUGGGCACGCUUCGCAAUCCCAAGGUCGUCAAAGAGAACCUGUACCGCCGGGACGUGAAGCCCGAGCUGAAGAGGGAUCCCCGGCCGGCCGUGUCGCAGGACAGCGCCGACCUCCGCGACUUCAUCAACCAGCGUCUGACGGAGCACGACACGGACAAGUCGGCGCCCCCCUACGACUCGCUGGCCACGUACGCCUACGAGGGCGACGGCUCGGUGGCCGAGUCGCUCAGCUCCAUCGAGUCGCUCGCCGUCGACCUCGAGGAGGACUACGAUUACCUCAACGACUGGGGGCCCCGCUUUAAGACGUUGGCGGGGAUAUUUGGGGAGCAGUCGGACACUCAGUCGAACUCAACCACCACAGAGAACACCCACUGAUGUCGACCCACAGACUCCAAAAAAAAAAGAGGCAAAUAUGUAACGAUGUUCUUUCGGCCGACUUCACGCGACGUUUCGGCUCAUUGUUUUCCUCCCGUGUUGUUCGUUCUCAUGUUUUUUCCAGCUCACUGUUCUUAUGUUUGUUUAUGUACUUCAACAAAGUUCAGUCCCAAAAUUGUAAAAAAAAAAAAAGAAAGAAAAAGAAUAAAAGAAAAACGAGGGAAAC